AUGGCGUCUGCGUGCCAUUCCUCCGCCUCUACCUCGCCGACCUCGCCGCCUCGGUCGCCGUCGCAUCCGCCACCGACCAGAGGAACGACACCUGCGGCGAACCUGGGUGAGUCCAUCUUCGACAGUAGGUGGUCCCCUCCUCGCUGGUGGAGAUCGCCCCCAUCCUUCGCGUCGCAAACGAGGUGGAGGCCAGCAACCCACGAGUCGCAUACCUAUGUAAGCAACCCCCUUCUUCGCACAUUCAUCCUCUGCCUGUUAAUUAUUACUGUUACCAAGCACAACAGAGCACAUUCAUCCUCUGCCAUUCCUCCGCCUCUACCUCGCCGACCUCGCCGCCUCGGUCGCCGUCGCAUCCGCCACCGACCAGAGGAACGACACCUGCGGCGAACCUGGGUGAGUCCAUCUUCGACAGUAGGUGGUCCCCUCCUCGCUGGUGGAGAUCGCCCCCAUCCUUCGCGUCGCAAACGAGAUGGAGGCCAGCAACCCACGAGUCGCAUACCUAUGUCGGUUCUACGCCUUCGAGAAGGCCCAUCGCCUCGACCACACCUCCAGCGUCGCUGGAGUUCACCUUGUCGGCCGACGACUAAAGGCUCAUGGAGGAGGUCUGCUUCGGCGCCAACGCUGUCGUGUACCGCGCCAUCUUCCUCCCGGCCAACCGGACCAUCGUCGUCAAGUGCCUUGAUCUUGAUUGACUCAACAGUAACCUGCCGCUGGCCUUGUCCUCCUCGAGGAGGAGGAGCGGGAGGGGCGCACCCAGCCACCACGGUCGCCGUCGUUAAGUGCUUCUUCCACCUGGAGCUCGAAAUCCACGACGUCGUCGUCCAGCCACCCAAGGUGAAGGUGACCCCAACUACCCUCCGUCCAGCCCGAAACGGAAUCACAUGGUGGGAGCGGAAACAGAAUUGUUGGGUGGUUGGUUGGUAUCUAUACUUUGGUUAAUUAGUUAGCAUGCUUUCUCAGUCCGUUUGCCGGCAUGCAAAAGAUGCAUGCACAUGUACCUACAUACCAGAGUAGACCAUCUAUAUAGUCCCUAGCCAUGUUGAUAAGAUUUUUUUUAUGAAAGAAAUCAAAUCAGAUAAUAUACGUACAAUUAUUAUGCACAUACGUAUGGUGACUGCUGAUUGAUUAUUUUUGUGUUCUUGUGAAUCCCAUCUUUAUUGACUAGCAGCACUCACACUUCGUAUUACAAAUCCGCCAUGCAUACAAUCCAAUUAUAUCAACAUGUAGUUGCUUUGUAUAUCCUGUAAAUAAUUUCUUUGCACGCCCAUUCUGCCAUGUCAACGAUGAUGAUUUAAUUAUGUUUUUUUGCCAAUGGAUGAAUUCACAUAAUGUGACGGACCUGCUGCUGUCGGCUGUCUUCCCCGACCACUCCCGUGAGCUGCUCCUGCCGCUGACCCUCCUCAACUUCGCCCGUUGCCCGCUGUUGCUGCUGGGAUCUCUGCAUCCGAGUCCCAGCCGUCCUCCGCAGCAAGGAGCUGGGCCAAGGGAGCAAGCAGUGCCGCUGGUUCCUUCGAGGAUGCGUGCUACUGGUCGAGUCUUGUGGAGAAGCAAGGCGAAUCGGGCAUCAUCUCACUUGUGCCGCUGUGGGUGACAGAGGAAGCCAUGUUGCUGUUUUGUUUGUUCCCAGCCUUGACUAUGGUCGUCCAGCGAGUUCGGCAUGUUGUCAUUUCUUGUAAAGCAGUAUUGUAUCACACUUGUAGAGCUCGUUACACAUGUAGAGCUUGUAAAGUACUGUAUUACACAUGGUCAUAUGUAUUGGCAACGUGAUCUAGUUGCUCUUAUUUGAAGUA